UGCUGUUCCCCUUAUCAAUUUUACUGGCUAUGUUAUUUUUAACCGGUGUUGCUUUCUUUGUUCAUGCUUCAUGAAAUUCAUGAUAAAGAAACCGUUCGUGAACUCGUUUCAAUUUUCAAUUUUUCCACAUGAAAUAACGUAUUUUAAAAUGUAAAAUCCUCGCGACUUUUGUUAAGUAUAUCAUCAUCUGUUCUCAAAUAUGUGAUCCCAGUGACCAUGCAAGAUCUGCUGGAUUUAUUAACAGGUUUCUGGAGUUCGAAAUUUUGGCUUCCACCUGGUCUACAAUGGCUACACGUCGAACCGAAUGAUGAUUACAAUUACACCGAUUAUCGUCACCUGUAUCAAUUUCCAUUCGUAUUAGCACUCGUAGUAUUACUAUUUCGAUUUGCACUGGAAAAGUAUUGCUUUUGUCGCCUGGGAUUGUCUUUGGGAUUGAAAUAUUUCAAAUGUAAGAAGGCACCAUCGAAUCCAGUGUUGGAGAAAGCCUACAAAUUAUCUAAUAAAUGGAGUCAUAAAGAUAUCAUCGGCUUAUCCAAGCACACUGAUUUAUCCGAACGUCAAGUAGAACGAUGGCUGCGUUUAAGGAAAAUGCAGGAUAAACCUUCGAUCAUAUUCAAAUUUUCUGAAAGCUGUUGGCGAUGUUUCUACUAUUCGAAUACAUUUGUAUUUGGAUUAUCAACAUUUUGGAAAGAGCCUUGGUUGACUGAUUGGGAUUUGUGUUGGAUGAAUCAUCCAAAUCAAGAAUUAUCUCCUGAGAUUUGGUGGUUCUAUAUGAUCUCAUUAGCGUUCUAUGUAUCCAUGUUUAUGUCUCAGUGGUUUGAUCCGAAACGUAGAGAUUUAUGGCCUACUUCAUUGCAACAUUUUAUUAUAGUUUUGUUUUUGGCAGUAUCGUGGAUAUGUAAUUUUUACCGAAUCGGUAUUAUUGUACUUCUUCUACAUGACGUUUCUGAUGCACUGAUUCAGGGAGGUAAAGCUGCCAAAUAUGUUAAGAGUUCCAAGAUUAGCACUUGUGUUUACGUAAUUUUACUUUGUACAUGGACCACCACUAGAAUUUUGAUUUAUCCACUCUGGCUAUUACACAGCGCACUGUUCAGAGGACCAACAGUAUUACUUAAAACUUUUCCUGCUUUUCAUUUUUUGAAUAGCUUAUUAAUUACAUUGUUUGUAGUCCACCUUUAUAGAAGUUAUUUAAUUGCGAAAGUUCUUGUGAAAGGUGUUUCUUUGGACAAAGUGAAUAUUAUGAGUUGACGAAUGAUAUUACAAGUAUUUUGCAAACGACUUUUACCGAAUUGAACAAUGUGUUUACUUAGACCGUCUGAAUGAGAUUGAAUUCCGAUAGUGAUUGAAUUAUUUCGAAGAUGGAUACGUUGGAAAAUGACAUUAAGUUAAAUGCCUAAUUGAAGUGCCAUUGCGUGUGUGUGUUUUUUAAAAUAAGCUACUCUUUGUGGCUAUUCUUAAUUUCGUUACCAUUUAACAUGAAUAAAUUGUUUGAUAUAA